GUCAGUGCAGAGAUAACUUCUCCGCCCGCUGAGUCCGCGGCACAAACCUGCUGAGGCCAGCCGUGGGUGACCGUUCCCAGACUUCCCUCAAGGAAGCCGCUGAGGGGAAGGAGCAGGACGCAGCUCGCCCACCACUGAGAGCCACCCAGCCGCCACCCUGGAGGUCCUCACGCCCAGCUGCCCUCGCCUUCCCCCCCAGGAAGAAAUGCAGAGCAACUCGGAGCCGCCUCCACCACCCGAGCCCGAGGCCACCACCUCCACCACGGCUGGAGGCCGGCAGGCCAGCACCACGGGCCUCACCAGCAAGAGUGAGACUGGACACGGCACCAAGGAGCCUUCAAAGCCCAGCAUAUCCAAGGUGAUCCUGAGAACGAUGGCUGACAAGGGAAUGGGCCACCUCGUGUCCCUGAACACCCUGAAGAAUGCCGUGGCCACCACGGGCUACAAUAUGAUCCGCAACACCUGGCGCUUCAAGCGUGCGCUUAAGAAGCUGGUGGAACAGGGCAUGCUCCGGCAGGUGACCGGCAAAGGGGCCCUGGGCUCCUUCUGCCUGGGCAAGAAGUCCUCCAAGCCCAAGCUCAAGACCAAGAGAUCACGGCGGAGGCGGAGGCGGAGGCAGCGCCGGGCUGGGCAGCGCCGGGCUGGGCAGCGUCGGGCUGGGCAGCGUCGCCAGCCCAGACAGCACGGAUCCCAACAGCGCCGAUCACUACUGGGCUCUAAGCAGGGCCACAAGCGGCUUCUCAAGGGGGUUCGCAGGGUGGCCAAGCAGCGCCGCAAUUAACAAGUCAGGCCAGCUGCAGGGGUGCCAGGCUCGCCACAGGCUCAGUGCUGUGGGAAUAAAAGGAGCCCCUCUUAUUGAA